GAGAAAGAAGAAGACAAGCCUAGCAGCAUCCGUUCCUCCUACGCUCCUCGCCCCAUCAAAACCAAGGAGAAACCACGCACGCGCACCACGGCCCCGGUGCUCAACGUCCACUGAUCCACUCCCCGCGAGCUCGUCCCCACCUCCGCGUCGAGCCCCAGCAAGGGGCAGUAGCAGGCGUCCCCGUCCAUACUGAUGGCUCUGGUCACGUCGGGCUCGGGCGGCGGGCCGGUGAUCGCCGAGGUGGAGAUGAACGCCGGCUCCGACCCGGGCGCCACCACCGUGCGCGCCACCGUCGUGCAGGCAUCCACCAUCUUCUACGACACCCCCGCCACUCUUGAUAAAGCAGAGAGAUUGAUAGCAGGGGCUGCUGGGUAUGGUUCACAGCUAGUUGUGUUCCCUGAGGCUUUUAUUGGAGGCUAUCCUCGUGGAUCCACCUUUGGCUUUGGGAUCAAUAUUAGCAUUGCUAAUCCAAAAGACAAGGGAAAGGAAGCAUUCCGGAGGUAUCACUCAGCUGCCAUAGAUGUGCCUGGUCCAGAGGUGACAUGCUUGGCUGCUCUGGCUGGAAAAUAUAAGGUCUUCUUGGUAAUGGGAGUGAUUGAAAGGGAAGGUUAUACACUGUAUUGCUCGGUGCUCUUCUUUGAUCCUCUAGGACGUUACCUGGGUAAGCACCGCAAGCUCAUGCCUACAGCAUUAGAACGGAUUAUAUGGGGAUUUGGAGAUGGAUCGACAAUUCCCGUUUAUGAUACUCCACUUGGAAAGAUCGGAGCCCUCAUUUGCUGGGAAAAUAAAAUGCCACUUUUGAGGACAGCAUUAUAUGGUAAAGGUAUUGAGAUCUACUGUGCCCCCACAGCUGAUUCCAGGCCUGUUUGGCAAGCCUCCAUGACGCAUAUUGCCUUGGAAGGGGGAUGCUUUGUCCUGUCAGCAAACCAAUUCUGCCGCAGAAAGGACUAUCCUCCCCCACCUGAGUAUGAGUUUGCUGGUUUAGGUGAAGAGCCUUCUCCAGACACUGUUGUUUGUCCUGGAGGCAGUGUCAUCAUUUCUCCAUCUGGAACAAUCUUGGCAGGUCCCAACUACGAGGGAGAGGCGCUGAUUACAGCCGACCUUGACCUGGGAGAAAUUGUUCGAGCCAAGUUUGACUUCGACGUAGUGGGCCACUACGCUCGACCUGAGGUCCUGAGCUUGGUGGUGAAUGAUCAACCACACCUUCCUGUGUCUUUCACGUCUGCUGCUGAGAAGACCCCAGCUACAAAAACUGACAACGUUGCUAAGUCCUACUGAUGGACGACGACCCUUAAAAUUCAGUUGUGUCAAUACGUCGGUGACCGUGGCUCGGUUCCCCUGGGUGAGUCUGUCUGGGAUGGGAGAUGUAACUUUUGAAUUCCAUUUCUUUCUCCAAUGAAUGGACAAAGAUCCUGCCAUCCGUUUCAAAUGAAAAAGGGUCGCCGGCGUGCCGUGUGCUCUGGACCUUCUGGUAACCACGGACGCACGGAUUAUGGUCCGUGUGCCUUGUACGUAUGCUGCUUGUAAGGAUGAACAGCUGGGGUCUGUGCCGUUUCUAUUUCGCCCGUGCCCUCUAA